GCGGUCUCUCCCCAUCCGGGGCAGCGGGGAAUGGCUGAGCCCGGGGUUCGCCGGCGCCGCCCGCUCUCGGCUGCGGCUGCAGGACCUUAGCAUCCUGAGCCGUUUGGAUUCAUCGUCCUCAAGGCUAAGCUGUCAGAGUUCAUCAUGUCCAAGUUAAAAAGCUCAGAGUCAGUCCGGGUGGUGGUUCGCUGUCGGCCCAUGAAUGGCAAAGAAAAGGCCGCAUCCUACGACAAAGUGGUAGAUGUGGAUGUGAAGCUGGGGCAGGUGUCUGUGAAGAACCCCAAAGGCACAUCCCAUGAGAUGCCCAAGACCUUCACCUUUGAUGCCGUCUAUGAUUGGAAUGCCAAGCAAUUUGAACUCUAUGACGAGACGUUCCGGCCACUUGUGGACUCUGUCCUACAGGGUUUCAAUGGCACAAUUUUUGCCUAUGGACAAACGGGAACUGGGAAAACCUAUACCAUGGAGGGAGUCCGUGGUGACCCUGAGAAGAGAGGGGUCAUCCCCAACUCAUUUGAUCACAUCUUCACCCACAUCUCUCGAUCGCAGAAUCAGCAGUACCUGGUCAGGGCUUCUUACUUAGAGAUCUAUCAGGAAGAGAUCCGAGACUUGCUCUCAAAGGAUCAGACCAAAAGGCUGGAGCUCAAAGAAAGACCUGAUACAGGCGUGUACGUGAAGGAUCUGUCUUCCUUUGUCACCAAAAGUGUGAAGGAGAUAGAGCAUGUGAUGAAUGUGGGGAACCAGAACCGAUCUGUUGGUGCCACCAACAUGAACGAGCACAGCUCACGGUCACAUGCAAUCUUUGUCAUCACUAUUGAAUGCAGCGAGGUGGGCCUAGAUGGUGAAAACCAUAUCCGGGUAGGAAAACUGAACCUUGUAGACCUUGCUGGCAGUGAGCGGCAAGCCAAGACUGGCGCUCAAGGGGAAAGACUGAAGGAAGCGACCAAGAUCAACCUGUCCCUUUCAGCCUUGGGUAAUGUUAUCUCUGCCCUGGUAGAUGGCAAAAGCACCCAUAUUCCAUAUAGAGACUCAAAGCUGACUAGGCUUCUCCAGGAUUCCCUUGGUGGCAAUGCCAAAACUGUGAUGGUAGCCAAUGUGGGGCCUGCCUCUUACAAUGUAGAAGAGACCCUGACCACUCUGAGAUAUGCCAAUCGUGCCAAAAACAUUAAGAACAAGCCAAGGGUCAAUGAGGACCCAAAGGAUGCUCUGCUUCGAGAAUUCCAGGAAGAAAUUGCUCGGCUCAAGGCCCAGCUGGAAAAACGUUCCAUUGGCAGGAGGAAGAGGCGAGAGAAGCGGAGGGAAGGUGGUGGCAGUGGUGGGGGUGGGGAAGAGGAGGAGGAGGAGGGAGAAGAGGGUGAGGAGGAAGGGGAUGAUAAGGAUGAUUACUGGCGGGAACAGCAAGAAAAACUGGAGAUUGAGAAGCGGGCCAUUGUAGAGGAUCACAGCUUGGUUGCAGAGGAGAAGAUGAGGCUGCUGAAGGAGAAAGAAAAAAAGAUGGAGGACCUGCGACGGGAGAAGGAUGCUGCUGAGAUGCUGGGGGCCAAAAUCAAGGCCAUGGAGAGUAAGCUGCUUGUUGGAGGAAAAAAUAUAGUAGAUCAUACAAAUGAACAGCAGAAGAUCUUGGAGCAGAAGCGCCAGGAGAUCGCAGAGCAGAAACGUCGAGAAAGAGAAAUCCAGCAGCAAAUGGAAAGUCGAGACGAGGAGACAUUGGAACUAAAAGAGACUUACACCUCGUUGCAGCAGGAGGUAGACAUCAAGACAAAAAAGCUCAAAAAGCUCUUUUCCAAGCUCCAGGCUGUGAAGGCUGAGAUCCACGACCUGCAAGAAGAACACAUCAAGGAACGCCAGGAGCUGGAACAGACGCAGAAUGAGCUCACCAGGGAGCUUAAGCUCAAGCAUCUUAUUAUAGAAAACUUUAUCCCCUUGGAAGAGAAGAAUAAAAUUAUGAAUAGGUCCUUCUUUGAUGACGAAGAAGACCACUGGAAAUUACACCCUCUCACCAGACUGGGGAGCCAGCAGAUGAUGAAGCGGCCAGUCUCUGCUGUGGGAUACAAGAGACCCCUGAGCCAGCACGCACGGAUGUCCAUGAUGAUUCGGCCAGAGCCCCGAUACAGGGCAGAGAACAUCAUGCUCUUGGAGUUGGACAUGCCCAGCCGGACGACCAGAGAUUAUGAGGGCCCAGCCAUUUCCCCCAAGGUCCAGGCUGCCCUAGAUGCAGCUCUGCAGGAUGAAGAUGAGAUACAGGUGGAUGCAUCAUCCUUUGAAAGCACUGCAAACAGAAAAUCCAAGGCCAGGCCCAAAAGUGGCAGGAAGUCAGGAUCCUCGUCUUCCUCCUCAGGAAACCCUGCAUCUCAGUUUUACCCACAGUCUCGGGGGCUGGUUCCCAAGUAAUCCAGCACCCCCUCCCAGGGUGGGAACAGCAUUGUCUUCUGAGAGAAGAGCGAGCACGAAACUGCAGAGAUGACUUGAGCCUAAACGCAGAGCCAUUCCCCUGAGGAGAAGAGAUGGCCUCUUUGCAGAUUAAGCAACUCAUUCUGCCUGAACAUGCUGGUCCUGAUUUGGCACUCAGCUCCUCUGGGACGUGUCCUUGAAUUAGCAUCUCAGAAAUGCAUGGGUAAGGUGAAGUGCAAAGUCCAAGUGGACAGCAAGAGAAUGACCACAACCUUGCUUUCCUUCUUCCUCCCGUUCCCACCCUCCCUUCCUCUCCUCUCUUCUAGCCCUUCCUCACACCAGGAUCCCUUCUUGUUACACAAUAUGGCGGCGAGGCCUCCUUAGGACCGUAUGUGAGGAGCCUUGGAGUAAAAUGACAGUGGAGCUGGGAAGUGAGAGCCCUAGAACUGCAGUGGGUGCCUGCUUUUGUCAGGUGAAAUGAGAGAGAUCCCACUUGGAACCAAGUCCCAGGAUGGCACAACCAGCGAGCCAGCUGCCAGGCCCCUCAGUAGGAGUAGAUCUGCCUGUGGAAUCUGUUGAACGGGGCAGUGGCUUCCAGUUCCUGCUCCAGAAGGACUUGGUGUUGGAAGCAAUAGAAAAGACAUUCCCUUUGCCUCCUGGGAGAGUUUGGGGAAAUAGCUUUUUUAAAACCUCAAAACCAUGACCAUCCUGUUAAAGACCUAAGUCUAUAAACCAGUGCCAUGUCCGUCUGCCA